AACAGUUAGAUGAUAAGGUGUGAGUUUGAAUUUCUCCUGUAGGCUGUUUCAGUGGGAAUGUGAGAGCUCCCAGCGUGGAUUUGUAGCGCCGCAAGAUGCUAAAGUUGAAGAAAAAGAAGAGCUGAAUUUUUAAAUUUCUUCUUGCAGAGCCACAUGGAUGCUGAGCGUCAUGGUGACCAUCAUAGACUAUCCGGCUCCCGUGGAGCUGAUUUCAUCCGCUGGAGAGCUGAAGAUGCCGUUCUCAGACGCUGUCAAGUACAGCAUCCUGGGCAUCUCAGUCACCCUCCUGCUGCUGGCACUGGCCAUCCUGGCCUGGCAGAUCUUCAGAUGCUGCACAAAGACACACAAUACGUACAGCCAGCAAGAUACAGUGAGCAGUAACCUGCUUUACACAGAUGAAAAGCCGACAACUGCAGGAAACUACUCAGGAGCUCCGAGUACUAGGGUGGAGGACGUCAACACCGAGGCCCACAGGCUGAGCCGAUGUCUGUCUCAGGCCUCGUUUCCGCCCUCCAGCCAGAGAGACGAGGACAUGGGAGAGCAGGAAAGCAUUACAAAGGUUGACGGAGUGCUUCGGUUCUCCGUCUACUACGACCAGCUGCAGUCGCGUCUGGUGGUCACCGUGUUACAGGUCGACGGGCUUUUGCAGCACAGCCAGACCUGCAGCCUCCAGCCGUUCGUUAAGCUACGACUCAUGUUGGCCGGAUCAGCGACAGUGGAGAUGGAGGGAUUUAAAGACGAGGAGGGUGAAGAGACGCCGCCCGUUGUGUGGACGGUGCUGCAGGAGUGGAGGACUCGCAUUGUGAAAGGCAGCUGCAGCCCUUUAUAUGGAGACCAGUUCAGCUGUAUUCUGCAGGAGGAUGAGCUUCAUCACGUCAACCUCAGGAUGGAGGUGAAGGACUUUGAUAAGUUCUCCAGACACACAGUGUUGGGGGAGGUGAGGCUUCCUCUCAGGCAGCUCAACAUCUUUUACCCACUGGAGCUACAAGAGGAGCUGCAGAUACCCCAGAAGGAUCUUGUCGGAGAGGUGCUGCUGUCCUUGAAGUUUCUUCCCACUUCUCAGAGGCUUGAGGUCGGUCUGCUUAAGGUCAGGACGGUCCUCACUGAGAUGUGCUCAGAUGCAGCCCUGUAUGCCAGGAUCAGCGUCCAGUGCAACCAGUGCAAGCUGAGGUACCAGAAAACCUCUGCAGUGGCUCGCUGUCUGGUGACUGUCUUCAAUGAGGUCCUCAUGUUCUCCCUGCCACAGUUUCCUGUGGAGCAGUGCAGGAUUUUGGUGUCUGUGUAUGAGACUCACGCAGCGAGGAAAUCAACCAAACAUCUGAUCGGACAGCUCAGUGUGGGGAAGGACAGGAGCAAAGAGGACGAGCACUGGACCUCGAUGAUGCGCUCAGUUCGCCAGCCAGUAGCGGAGUGGCACAGCCUGCUGAUCUGACUUACAGCUCUCAUGAACCAGAUCUCGUGCACUUUGUGGAUUUUUGUCGACUACACGGUUGAAAUGAGGUCUUCAUGCUCCUGCCUAAACAGCAAAUUCAUCUGAAACCUCAUGGUACCCGGUCUACUUGUUCACCUACAUCUCUUCGAGUUCUGCUUUUAGCUCCAGCUUUAUCAUAUAGAAAGAGUUUAAAAGAUUAGAACUAGCACUCCUUGCUUGUUAGGUUUUGCACUUUGUAAGGUCACUUACUGAAUAACUGUAUUUUUGUGUUACCAUUGAAUCUAUCUGUAAGCGUUGCUGUUCUUUUGUCCUUGUUUUAACUGUUCAUUCUGCAUUAUUAAAUCUUUAUGUUGCAACUCUGA